AUGGACGACCUACUUAAGGUAACCGAUAUAGUUUUUGCUAUUGCAUCCCAAUUGGCCACCAAAGACUAUCUGAGCUUUAGGCAGAUUAAUAAGAAUGUUUACUACGACCAUCUUUCCGGAACUAAUGACGAUAGGAUAUGGGCUUCAAGACUGCGAUUACUGGGAUUGCAGGUAGUAGAUGAUGAUAAAGAAAUCAAUGAGGCACAUCUUGAUGCUGCCAACAUUUUUAGCAAGGUUACAACAUUCACCACUGGUUCUGCGAAAACAACUUACGGUUUGUUUUACAAGCAAUUUCAGUGCUUUGUCGACAAGCUGUAUCACAACGAACUGAAAACAUUUUUCCCUCCUCAGUAUUCAGAACCAUUGAUUCACGCACGCAUCUUGAUGAAUUUGACGAAAUACAUUCCUGCGGAAAUUAGGGACUACACACAAUACCGGAAACUACAAGAAAAUUUGGGGAUCCUUAGGGAACUUUUCAUCAACACUGUAAUCAAGGAAAUGGAUUUGAGCUACGAAAGACGUGACUAUGACUCAGCGGCUGAAUUCGUUGAAGUCCUAUCAGAAUGCCACGAAGAUAAUACAGCCGCUGAUUUUUUCAAAUCUAAAAAUGACUUUGCCGCGGAUGUGACAUUACCAGAGCAUAUAUUUGAUCCAGGAACUAACCAGUUGAUUGACCAACAGCUGCAAACUGCUUUGGAUAAAAUAGGAAAUUUCCUCAACUCCAAAAUCAAGCUAGCAGAUAAGAUAUUUGGUGAUAGUUAUCCUGUUACUCUGUCCUAUACUGAGAACAUUAUAGCCAAUAACAUAACUGCGUAUUUUGAAUCUCAGCUCACUGCAAAUUUUAACAGCGCUCUUGCUGUUACAAGGAUCGAAUCUAUGCCUUUCCUUUACAAAUCCAUCAACCUCAGCUUAAUCGAAAACUUGGUGCCUAGUCAAAAUGCCGGUUCUCGUUUCAAAGAGCUUUUUGUCGAGUUCUUCAACCUUUAUUUGGAACCAAAAAUUUUGAACUAUCUUGAUGUCAGUGUCCAAAAAUUUGGCCUCGACUUAGAAGAGAUGUUUACUAAGUUCCAUAAUGACACAACAUUGAAAGAAACACAGCAAAAUGAACAGAUCUACGAAUCCUUGAGAGCGAAAACAUCGAAGCAACAGCUCAUAGACGAAAAAAAUAAUUUUCUGACAUCAUUUACCAAGAUUUUCAAGAUAUCAAACAACAGCAAGGCCGAGGAUGAUGAGCAGCUGCAAAUGGCUUACAACCUUAAUGUUAUGAAUAACAAUCUUCACAAUAUUGAGAUAUUGGUAAGUCUAGACCUUUGUUAUAAGGUCGUACAACAUUGUAAAACUUGUAUUGAGAACAUGCGGACGUUCUUAAAAAUCAAAAACAUAGAGGGAGUGGUGAAGCUCAAAUGCCAAGAAGCUUUCAAAAUAUUAAUUACCAGUUUGUCUAGGGACCAUUUCAAACCGGGUUUCCAAAAGGCGAUUGAAGUGCUUGACCAAUACGACCCGAAUCAAAUGAAAAACUUACAAAUAGAGCUCGAAACCAUGGAUUCUCAUGUGGAGCCAUUGAUAAAAUUUACUGAACUUAUUAACACUGGGGACAUUGUUUUGCAAAUGAUAUCUAUCUUUUACAAAAAUGAACUCGUUCAAAUCAAUAUCAUGGAUAAGAACCAGGACUUUCUUAACGAUGUUGUACAAGUAAAAAAAAACUUUGAAACCAUGAUUGAUGAUUAUGUUGCAAACGGUCUAAAUAUUGGUAUUAACAAGCUUAUGGAUGAGGUUUUAUUUGUUUUUGGCAGCUUACAAUUUCCCGACGACUUCAACCCAGACCCAAAAUCAAUUAUGGCUAAGGAAAUAAAGCCGUCUAGAGCGGCUAUAAAAAAUGUCGAACUUUUAUUCAAUCACUGUUUCUUGCUGACAGGGGCUACCGACAAGGGUACGAUUGAUAUAUUUCAGCAGGAAAUCGGUGAGCGAUUUUUUAACGAGAUCGUCAAGAACAUCAAAAAAAAUUUGAUCUCAAGUGAUGGGGCUAUUUUCUUGAUUUGUGACCUGAACUAUUAUUAUGAUUUCAUUGCAAACACCCUGAAGCAGAAAAGCAUAGUGCCCUUGUUUGCGGGCUUGAAAACAGUAGGGCAAUUAUAUUUGGUCUCGGGUGCUGACUCUAAGGAGCUUGGAAAGAUGAUUUGCGACCUUGGCAGGUUCCAAGGCGUUUUCACACAAGACGAGAUAUAUGAGCUGGUCCAGCGCAGAACUGAUUGGGUCAAAGUUCGUAGGGAUGUUGAAAAGGUGAUGUACGGCUUAGGUGUUAGCGAUUGUACCCUUAUGUAA